ACCAAUUAUAAAAGUAAAAGAAAAAAUUAAUACUGAGAAUGAUUUAUCAGUUAUUAAACCAAUUGAACAUAAAUCACCAUCAAUCGAUAAAUUAUCACGAAAGAAAAUUAUUGAUGAACAUAUAGAAAGUCCAUCACGAUCACGUUCAUCAUCUCAAGAACAUAUUUAUGAUAAUUUAGAUGUUUUUAAACGUACAAAAAUAAAUAAUAAUGUAUCAUCAAACGAAGAUGAACCAUCAUCAACUACUCAUGUUAAAACAAGAGAUAAUCAUAUACAAUCAACACGUUUAAGACCACUUACAAUGCAUAUAUCAGCUGCUCAUGAUAAACAGACAGCCAAUGAAUUUGAGAAUGUUUUUAAUCAAUUUCAAAAACGUGGUUCAGUUCGAAAAGUUCGACCGAAUGAAGAAAUUAUACCAGAACCUAGUCCUCUACCAGAGACAGUUGCACCUCCUCGACCACCAUCACCUGUACAUACUGAGAAUGAACCAAUAGUACCAAUUAAUAAAACUAUCGAAACCAAUCCUAUACCACAAACACCAAAUCGACGUAAAACAGUUGGCGGUGUUUAUUUACCUGCAAAUAAUAAAGUUGCAACUAAUGAUAAUAAACCUACACCAUCAUGGAUUGAAAUGGCUAAACAAAAACAAAAUAAAUUUCAAACAGUUUCGAAUGAAAAAAAUCAUGAGAAUGAUUCGGAACAACAAAUUCCUAUGGAACCAACAGUAACAACUAGAAAACAAAUAUCUUCAACUGAUGCUCGAUCAAAUCGAAAAUCAAUGUUUGAACAAUCGACAACAUUAGCAAAUACAAAUCUUAUUGAACGAGAUUCAAUACGUGCAUUAAAAGCUGGCAAUCCAAAUCGUAUAAAUAAUUUAAUACAGUUUUUUGACAAAUAA